AUGGUUCCGAAAACCACGCGAGCUGCUACUGCAGCAGCAACAAGGGCGGCUGCACGCAUGCGUGCGGCCGCGGAAAGUGCCUCUCAUGCCUCAGCAGUAGGCGAUUCGUCGCCUGCUGUCGUGAAUCCUCCACGUGGUGAGUCACCACGUGCGACUGGUUUAUCCGUUGCGUCUGCAGCGGGUACCACGAGUCGUAAUUAA